UUGAUAAUAAAAUGAAACGAAGAAGUUCGAACUUCGCAAUGAGUUCUUCAGCGACUAAAUCCAAGAAGAUGACCAAGAUAAUGAAGAAUUUUAGAAACCUGAAGACCAUGCUCAAUGAAGAGGUUGAUAAGCAGAAGAAAAAGCACUGAUCCCCUCUUUUUAGGGAGCAAGAGGCGGAGUUUAUGGCACUGAAUCAUGUUAACCAUUUUUAUGGGUAUCGAACAACCUUACAGAUGGAGAAUAAUGCCAGGAAUUCUUUACUCACUGUGAGUAACAAAAAGCAGAGGAGACCACAGACCUCAAGAGGAGAUUAUAUGAGGAAUGGAGUUAAGGGAAACCCCUUCAGGAAUAGAGAUGUAAUGAUUAAAUAAAAGAAGACCGAUGUCCGCAAUUCGUGAAGAUAUUGGCACUAAGAGGAAAGGGAAGAGGUCUGUUGAUAUGAACAUGGAGGGCAGACCAGUGACAGCGAUUACUGCUUUUUCAAGCAAUUUAGGUCCAAGUUCUCCAAAAGUCCCAGUAUUACCCAUUACAUCUCCAAAUUAUCAACCAGGAAAAUAUUUUACAACAUUGAGGUCCUCUAGAAGUAAGAAGCAACCAAAGAAGCCAACGGAAGCUACUAGUUCUUUCUGGGAUGAUGCAUUCUCAUUUAAAAACAGAACUCAUGGAUCCCAGAAUAGUCUUGAGAUGUCCUCUUCACCUCCUAAGAAAAGUCGUGUAAUUAGUUUAGUAAGAAAAUAAAACAGAGAUUAUUGGUGAUAACAAGGUGAUCCAUCAUGGGAACAUCGAAAUGAGCCUUCAUGAGCUUCGCAGAACUUUCAAAUUGAUGUACGAACAGAGAAAAGAGCCUCCCAUUGAUAGCGUAAUAUUUUCCCUUGGGAUUGAAGAGAACUGACCUCAGAUUAAUUGCAAUAUCAUCGGCCCUGCUGAUAAGCAGAUCGGGAGAUUUAUUAUUAAGAAAAAUCUUGGAACAAUGACUAAUAAGAGCAUUUUGGAGAGAGUAGAUACCAAGUUGACCAUGAAUUUGCUUGCCAAGCUUGACUUUAAUCAUAUCACUAUUGCUGAGAUGAGUAAGAAGCCUACUUUCAGAAUCCAAAUUGGGUCCAAAAUGGGUCUGAGAGGGUGGAAUUCGAUCAAAAAUAUCCUUAAAUAUGGAGAAUUCGAAUUCCAUAUUGAUUUUUCAGCACACCAAGAAUUUGAUAGAAUCAGACUCUCAGACCCAGGAAUCAAGGAAUUAAUGUAUGGGAUUGAAGGAUGUUUUACCCUUAAAGGUUUGAAUCUCAGAGAGAACAAUAUUGGGCCAGGUGGGAUGGAAGUCAUUAAGAAUUAUUUACCAAAAACCAGUGUAGUGAAGCUGAAUAUAUCCCAUAAUCCUUUGGGUAAUGAAGGAAUUGCUAUUAUGGCCAAGCUUCUGAUGACUUAUAGAUUUAGAUUACUAGAAUUAGACAUUACAGCUUGUGAGUUUAACCACAUUGGUGCAAUGAGCAUUUACAGCUGCUUAAAAAGUAAUAUUCCUUUGAAGACACUUUACAUGGAACAGAACAAGUUGAGAGGUCCAACGAUGAAACAUUUCACUGAGGCAAUGUGGCAAAAUACUAAUCUCCGAAAAUUGUCAAUUGCAUCGUCAUCGCUUGAUCAUCAAUGUGCCAGAAGAGCUCUAGAAGCUCUUGAAAAUAACACUGGGCUAUAUGCAGUGAACUUAUCUUAUAACAAUAUUACAGAGAAGCAUUCAGACAAUCUAGCUAAUGUGUUAUGUUCAAGUGAGUCAAGUUUGAGAUACAUAAACCUCUCUGAUAAUUACUUAACUGAUGAAUCUUUGGAAGGAAUCGAUAUUACAGACAAUAUUCGAUCCCUAAUCCUUCGAAAUAACUCCCUAAAGAAAGAAGGGGCUCUCAUAUUACUUAACCUACUCCACGAGAAGCCUAAUCUUCGUAGAAUAGAUCUUCGAAGGAAUAUGGUCAGCAUAAGUCUUCUGAAUAAAAUCUCAAGUCUAAUCCAGGAGAAGAAAGACUUCAGGGAAAGGCUCAAACUCCAAAAUGUGCGUGAAGAGAUUAUUGAAAUCACAGAAGAAAUCAAAACAAUGCCUAUGAUUCAGAGAGAAACCAGAAUGGUUAUUAAGGAAAAAGAGAGGAAUAAACAAGAAGCUUAUCAAAUUGAACUUGAUAAAAUAAAGAAGAUUAAGGAAGAAGAUGCUAUUUCAAAAGCUAUAGACAAGCAAUCAAACCAAGUAAUUCUGCAUGACCUAACCAACCUAGCUUCGCUUGCUUGAUAGA